AUUAUUCUAAUAGGCUACAGCAUCGGUACAGCAGCUGUAGCAGAUUUGGCAUCCAAGAAUCCAGAAGGCCUAGUUGGCUUGGUCAUGGUUGCUCCUUUCACUAGUGGACUUCGACUGUUUGGACGAAAACCAGCAGAAGUGAACACUAGCAAACUCGAUAGAUUUGUAACGUACGAUAAAAUGCCCAAAGUCCACGUUCCCGUCCUUGUUUGCCACGGAGCUGCUGAUGAAGCCAUUCCAGUGGAACAUGGUUUAACGAUUACUAAAAGAGCACCCCGUGCUGUCACACCGCUGUUUAUCCAAGGAGCAGAUCAUAUGUCCGUCUUUAAUGGAAAAUAUUUACAGACAUUUAGGAGAAUUAGAAAGUCAGUGAACAGCCCAAUUAUUUCCCGAAAUUUAUGGAUGAAGAAGUUGACAUUACAUGUACUCAAGAAUCUCGUAACAGCUCAAAUGAAUGAAGAUUUUUUGAAAUACUGA